AUGUCUUCGUCUAUCGCCGCCGCCUCCUCUAUCGGCGUCAAGGCGAACGCGUUGACCCGCGUCUCCAAGCGCGCCAUCAACUCCAAGCCCGCCGUCGUCUGCUCCGCGUCCAGCAAAUCCGAUGACGUCGCUGUUGGAUCGUCGCAGGACGCCGUGACCCGUCGCCAGGCCCUCGCCGCGGGCGCGGCGGUCACCGCCACCCUCGGCGCGUCCACUCCCGCGCUCGCUGGUCUCCUCGACGGCGCCCUGGACGGCGCCCUCACCCUCGGCGGCGGCGACGUCAAGGAGAAGCGCGCGGUGAACCUCCCCGAGCUUCAGAUCGAGUUCAUCUCCCGCGAGGAGGGAUACCCCCUCGCCAACGGCGGCGAGAAGGGCAGGGCGCAGCAGCAGUACCUCAAGUUCAUCGAGCCCGUCAUCGUCGCCAACAUCGACCUCCCGUACUCCGAGUACAUGAGGCUCGCGCUCCACGACGCGGGCACCUACGAGGUGGUGGGAAAGAAGAACGGCGCGAACGGGUCCAUCCGAUUCGAGCUCGACCGCCCGGAGAAUGCGCUCUGCAAGAAGGCCUUCGCGUCCAUCGAAAAGAUCAAGAAGGCUGUCGACGCGACCGUCACCCAGCCCAUCUCCUACGCCGACCUCAUCGCCAUCGUCCCGCACUUCGCCGCGCGCAUUCAGUUCGCUAAGGACUACUACGAGGUCAUGGGCGAGGACGACCCGAACUACGAGUUCCUCUUCAUCGGCACCAACCCCUACCUCGGCGCCAAGAUGCGCAUCGGACGCAAGGACGCCGACGGACCCGACCCCGAGGGUCUCGUCCCCGGCGAGGACGCCAGCACCGAGGACCUCGUCGCGUGGUUCAAGCGCAUGGGCCUCGGACCCAACCAGCUCGUGAUGUUCGCGCCCUACAUGUACGAGAAUCCCGCCAAGGGACUGGACCUCGCCGUGCAGGACGGCACCAACGCGUCGGUGGCGAACCAGUACGAGUCGCAGCGCAAGCUCGGCAAGCGCGCACCCGGUCCCGCGGUCACCAUCAUCAAGAAGCUGAAGGACAUGACCGACAACUGCAUCCCCGGCGGUCCCCCCUACGUCGGCGGCGACAGGGAUCCCAACUACGUCGAGUACGCGUACAUCCGGGGCGGCGGCGAGAUCCCCCGCGUCACCACCUUCGGGGCCUACCCGGGUUCCUCCGACCUGGGGAGCUCCAAGUUUGCCCAGAAGGUGCGCGGCGACAGGUAAUCGGCGUGCGUGCAGCGCGUGCGUGAGAGAGGGAGAAGAGACGGGGCGACGACGAGGACGGGAAAAGCGUCAGUCAGCUAACAACGCUGACGAGAUUCUCACGGCGGUGGGAACGGGCCGGGCGAUCUUCACAGCUGGCCCAAACAGCGCCGAACUUGUUGUCAUAACAGAGUAGAGCAUAGCAGCGC